GAGUGGGUGAGUAGGUCCCCCCAGAAGUGGGUGGGAGUGCUGUUGAAACACAAGUCUGUCUCGGGACACACAAGUUUUUGCAUUGGUGCUUUGGAGAACUUUUUUUUUUAGGGGGUGACUCUAGAAUAAUCCUUUUUUCUGCACUUUUGUUUUGGGUUUGGGGGGGAAAAAAACACUGGGGUCCAUCAGGAUACAGCCUGAGCGCAGAAUGGCUGAACUGGUGCGAAUUCGUAAGAAACAUCUGCAGAUGCCCAUCUCGAGAAUCCGGAGCAUCUUGAAGCAACUGGAGGACAAAGAUGUUGACUUUGAGGAUAUCAAAAAGAAUCUGGAUUUGACAGCAUCGCUAUUGGAGGCUGUUUAUCUGGAUGGAAGCAGGCAGUGCUUGGAGUCUGAAGAUGACCUCCAGCAGCUUCAGUCUGAUGGCGUUCCCGCGGAGGUUACCGAUUGGCUGGCAUCAACGUUUACCCAAAGAGCCCGACCGCCGAGACGGCGGUCAGACGAGAAGCCCAAGUUUCGUAGCAUCGUGCACGCAGUGCAGGCUGGAAUAUUUGUGGAGAGAAUGUUCAAGAAGGCCUACACGGCUGCGAUGCCAGACCAACCAGCCGCAGUCGUAAAGUGUCUGAGGGACGUUGACCGCUGGAGUUUUGACGUGUUUGCCUUGAACGCAGCCAGCUCUGAUCACGCACUACAAACUCUCUUCUUUGAGCUGGUCACCAGAUAUGGUCUCAACAGUCGCUUCAAGAUUCCCAUCUCGAGCCUGACGCUGUUCCUGUCUGCUGUGGAGAGAGGAUACUCCAAACACGACAACCCGUACCACAGCCACGUGCACGCCGCCGACGUCACCCAGACCAUGCACUGCCUACUCUUGCGAACCGGUCUAGUGCACUGGCUAACGGAGCUGGAGGUGAUGGCGUCACUCUUCGCCGCAGCCAUUCACGACUACGAGCAUACGGGGACCACCAACAACUUCCACAUCCACACAAAGUCAGAGUUUGCACUGAUCUACAACGACCGGUCGGUGCAGGAAAGUCACCAUCUGAGCGCAGCCUUCCGCCUCCUGCAGGACGAGCAAAUGAAUAUCUUCAUUCAUUUGAGUCGAGAGGAGUGGAUGGAGUUACGUUCUCUUGUCAUCGAGAUGGUACUGUCCACAGACAUGUCCUCUCACCUCCUCCAAGUGAAAGCCAUGAAAUCAUCUUUGCAGCAACAAGAACGGAUCGAGAAAUCCAAAGCUUUAUCACUGUUGCUCCACACGGCUGACAUCAGCCAUCCGUCCAAACCUUGGUCUCUGCACUCUAGAUGGACCAAAGCCCUGAUGGAGGAGUUCUUCAGGCAGGGUGAUAGAGAGGCAGAGCUCGGCCUGCCCUUCUCGCCCCUGUGUGAUCGAAAAAGUACCCUGGUGGCGGAAUCCCAGAUUGGUUUUAUCGACUUUAUCGUCUACCCGACAUUCUCCCUACUGACGGACAUGGCAGAGAAGAUUGUGGUUCCUCUGGUGGAGGAGAACCCGGGUCCACCGGACCCCUGUAACAGACACAGUAAUGUGUGGAAGGAGAGCUCCAGAGGACUGCAGUGGAGUCUGGCUCAUAUCACGGCCGAGCUGGUGAGCUUCCGUUCGACGUGGACGCGUCAUACCGACGACAACAAGCUCAAGUGGAAAGACGGAGGAUCAAACGGAUUCUCAGAAACCAAAGAGGCAAAAGAGCAGCAAGGCGCAGCAGAGGAGCAAUCGCACAAAUCCCAGCAGGAUGCCAGCAAACACACAAAGCAGUAGACUUGACUCCUUUGUUCUCCUCUAUUUUUGUUUUCAUUUCUUUCUUUCUCCCUCGCUCUUUUCUUUUUUUUUUAUUCUUCCAAUAUAGCUGUUGAGCUGAACGUCACUGUUUGGAACAAAACCACAUUACUGUUAGACUGUCUUAUUUUUAAUAUUGUAAUUUAAUUAUACUAUUGCGUAACAUGCUGGCCAUGUUGUACAAUAACUAGAACAUCUUAUUAAAUUAAUUUACCAAACAA